UCGCUACGAGCCUCCACUGUAGAAAGAGCGCUGUAUGUCAUUGUAAACUGUAAACUAUUGUACGCAUUGUGGUUAGGCAAAAGUCUGUUUUCAGAAGAAUAUGUACUAUUGAAAUUAAAUAAUACUUAAUUCUAAUUCAUACGACUUGUAAUUUAGCGGAAUGGCAUCUACGAAUGAAUUCGGGCCGGAUUCCGGUGGUAGAGUGAAGGGAGUAACUAUUGUCAAACCCAUAGUGUACGGCAAUGUAGCACGUUACUUCGGUAAGAAGAGGGAAGAGGAUGGCCACACGCAUCAGUGGACCGUAUACGUGAAACCGUAUCACAAUGAGGACAUGUCGACUUAUGUCAAGAAAGUGCAUUUUAAGCUGCACGAGAGCUACAACAAUCCGAAUCGAAUCGUGAUGAAACCGCCGUAUGAAUUAACGGAGACUGGAUGGGGCGAGUUCGAAAUAGUGAUCAAGAUCUACUUUCACGAUCCAAACGAACGUCCUGUAACGAUAUACCAUAUACUGAAACUGUUUCAAUCAACCCCUGAUAUACAGCUGGGCAAGAAGAGUCUAGUGUCCGAAUUUUACGAGGAGAUAGUCUUUCAAGACCCAACAGCACUUAUGCAACACCUGCUAAAUUCCAGUAGACCUAUAACACUUGGUGUUUGGCGACAUAAUACGGAUUUUGAAGCAAAGAAGGAAUCCACGAUGAAAGCAAUCAUGGAGGCACGCAACAAGAUAAGAGUCGAAGUGAUAGAUCUUAAAGAAAAGUUGACCUUAGCAAAGGAGACGAUUGCAAAGUUCAAGGAAGAGAUUGCAAAGAUUUCUAAAGCUGGUGGAAGUUUGUCCGUCGUGUAGUGACGUCAUUUCAAGAUAGUGCUGUUUAUAGCUUCGAACAAGUCAUACUGAUCAUUUGAAAACAUUUGACCAUUCAAAUAAGGACAGAAUUAUCUGUUUUAUACUUGUAUAUAAUGUACAUAAUUUUGUAUAAUUGUAUAGCUAUUCAUAAAUUUAAUUAUAAUUCUAUUA